UGGUAGAUAUUGCUAUACUAGUAUAUAUUAUUAUAUAUAUUACUAAUCAAAAAUGUUUUUAUACAUUUACGGUAAGAAAUUUACAAAAUAUCUUCAUGGAACAUGAUCUUUACUUAAUAUCCUAAUGAUUUUUGGCAUAAAAGAAAAAUGGAUAAUUUUGACCCAUACAAUGUAUUGUUGGCUAUUACUACAAAUAUACCCCAGCGACUUAAGCCUGGUUUUGUGCUCCAGGGUCACAUAUAUCAUGCAUACUAAUUAUAAUCAUUGAAUUUUAUCUUGUUAAAAUCUGCCCUCAUCAAGAUCUCUGUUCUCCUUUUGUUUCUCUAUUUCCAUAUUUCAGUGUCAUAUAUUUUUUCUUGUUUCAUUAAUGUUUAGUUAACAAGUUAAUUACUAAUUAUAAACAUUAAUAAAUAACCACAAAAUAAUAAAUUAUUUUUAUCUAGUUAAAAUCCGCCUUGAUCAAGAUCUAUAUGCUCUAUUUUUUUAACCCUUUCUGUAUUUCAGUAUCAAUUUUGCUCUUGUUUCUUGAAUCAAUUAUUGAUAAUAAAAGUGCAUUUCUAAUGCUUUUUUAAGCAAAACCAGGCAUCCUUGCAUCUUAAAAUGAUGGCAUUAUAGCAAUAUCUACCAUGGCAUUUACUUGAAAGAUUAUUAUGAAUUUUGAGAGCUCAUUAAUUCAGUAAUUGGAGCAUGCAAAAUCUUUCCACAGUUGAAUAAUUUCUAGACUCAUGUGUAUUAUGGACCGCACCCAUUUCUCAUAACUGAGGGGAAACCCAGCAAACUACACAGACAAAAUUUAAAUGGAAACUGCUACUUUUUAGUUUCUAUAUUCUGUAAUUUAUCAGAUCCGAAGCCAUGCAUUGACCAGGCUGUCAAUAGUAAAUCCAAAUGCAUCUCAAAGCUACACCCAUUUCUUUCUUUACUUCCUCGUAUUCUACUGUCUUCCUAUUCUUUUAUUGUUAUUAUUUAGUAAGAAUGACCAUAAGUUGUUGGUUUGCAUGAUGACACAUCACUUCCGAUCGCAUGAACUUCCUCAAACCUCUCAUGCUGAUCUUUUGCACUGAAGCAGUGCCUUCAGACAACCUGCAAUCUCUUUUCAACUAAAAACCACUUUUAUAUCCUUGAAAGGAUGGAGAAGAAUGGAGGAAAACCGCGCCAGCAGCAUUAUGGGCUGGUUUCGUCAGCGUUUUGGAAAACAAAGGAAUGAUUCGGACCAAGUCAAACCGUGUCCGUGUUCUCAGACGUGCUCCUCCGGACACUCCAACACCAGCAGCUCGGUGUGCUCGUCUUCCUCCUCCUCUUCCUCCCCGAAAUCCUCCAUAUCAGCCAAGCCAUCGGCCUCAGAUCAGCCUCUGCCCUCCGUGCUCUCCUCCCCCUUCCGCUCCUCUCUCAGAUAUGACGUUUUUGUGUGUCACAACGAUGCGGACAGUGAUCUAGCACAGAGUCUGGCUUCUUUCCUAGAAGCUCCGUCUAACGGCCUGCGCUGUUACCUGCAGGAGCGGGACUGUCCAGCAGGAGGGGCCGUGUCCACUGAGCUGCUGCAGGCCGUGCAGGACAGUCACUGCUGGCUGUUACUCUUCACUCCAAACUUUGUGAAGGACGACUGGUGCUCGUAUCAGAUGCACCAGGUCCUGUCUGAAGGGCCCAUGUCACAGAGGAUCCUCCCGGCUGUAGUAAACAUGCCCAGAUCACAGCUCCCGCUCGAGCUGCGCUUCCUCUACACUGUGGAUCUGAACACGAACAAAGAGUUUGGAUACACUCUAGUCUACAAGGCGGUGCUUCAGUGUGAGUAUUUUGUAUCUACACAAGUAUUGGAGACUCUUAGUGUUUGCAGGUUCAGAUCCCACAAUGCACUCAAAAAUAUAUUAUGUCUUUGAAUUGCAUUUAAGAUUUCUAUCCGUGCUGAAAAAAAAAAAAAAAAAAUCACUCAGAAAUUGCUAGUAAAUUUUACAAACAUAUACAAAAAAUGGCAAGUAACACAUUGAAUUAAAUCUGAAAUUUUCAAGUAUGAAAACUGUAAUAGUAUUUUCUUGGAAAACAUACUCAAAUAAGCUUUGUUUUAUUGGCAACUUUACAAAGAUUUAACAUAAACUAGUACAUUUAAUGACUCGUCAGAUUCAUACAUAAAUGAAACAAGCCAGGUUUCUGUAAAAAAUACACGAUAAACAGGUUUAUAUAUAUUUAUCAUCAAUAAAUCCAAUUAGCUUUGAUCUCAUACACUGAAUAUUGCUUGUUCCAUAUUUUAUCCAUGUUCAUACUUUUAACUGAAUACAUUUUUCAUAAUGAACAUAUCCAUGCUGAUUCUAAGCUAUUUAAAUGAAUGCAUUAAAAAAAUAUUAUUUCAUUGCAAUCAAAUAAAUGCAAAUUAACUAUGCCAUGUCAUUUUUAAAUGAUUUAUUUAUUUUUAAGUGCAGAAAUUUAGUUUGUUAAAAUGUUACAAUGCACAUGGAACUGUUAAAUGCAAUUCAGAUACAUGAAACAAUUUAGGCGUAAAUGUUUUUUUAAGUGUGGGUGAUCAGUCAAGACAUUUGAAGUGAUUGUUCACAGAAAAAGUACAUUCCAUCAUCAUUCCCAUGUUGUUCCAAACCUCUGUGACUUUUUUUUCCCAUAGAACACAAAAGAAAAGUCUUAAUAAAUCAUUCGUCCUGGCCAUUGUUUUGCAUACAGUGUAAAUGAACUGUGGCGCUCAGGUGAGUUGAGGUUGUAGUUGCUCACAAAUGCACUUUAUUACAACUGCUUUGCAAAACUAGACAAGCUGUAGACAAGAUGAGAAUAAAUGGAAAUAAAUAAAUAGCUUGAGUGAACCAGGAGUAGCACAAAACAACCUCACCAAAGAACAAAGUUACAUCAAAUAAGACAAAACUAAAAUAUUACCCAAUGAAACAGACAAUAUAACCAAAAAAAAAAAAAUUAAUAAAAAUAUCACUGUGAUGCAAAACUGUUCACAAAAGGAGAUAUUUUGCUAAAUAUCCACUCUGUUCUUGAUGAAAUUGAAGGGUGAUGCUGUCAAGUUCCAAACAGGACAAAAAAAGUACCGUGAAAUAAUCCAUAUUUCAAAUCCUGUGCACUUUUCGACUCUUCUGAAGUAGCUUUGUGUGUGUACAGCUUGAAUCAUUUGUCUCUAACUGAAAGUUGCACUUCCCUUCUGAGGCCUCAGAUAUCUUGCAUUUACACAUUCAAACAUGAUCUAAGACAGCGUCUUUUCCUACUCCCCCACCCCCUGUUUCAGUUCUCUCAAACAGUAUAGUGGAAAAAGUGCUUUACUCUUCUGGGUUUGUGCAGCCAAAAACCUUCUUUCGUGAAACAGAGAUAAAGCCUCAUUUCUGUAAACCAGACGGGAAUGUUUACAUUUCAGACUUUCCCACACUGAUUUUGGUCGAUACUUGUAGAUGUUUUGUCACAUUUGGAAACAAAACAUAUAGAUUCUCAACAAUGUUUUACCUUUUUUAACAGAUUUGAAGGACAUGUCUGAGAAGCAAAAGUCCAGCAGUGCAUCUCAGACUGAUGGCUGAGAACAGACUCAAACUAUUAACAUUCAUUGCAUUGACAGCAAUGACAAGAUUCUUCACUUCCAAGAAGUGGUGUCCAAGCAGACAAGCUGUAUCGUAACUCCGUAUCUCCGUCUUAUGUCUCAAGAUUAAAUAAUGUCAAAAUUGGUUCAUCUAACCGCCAUGCCUUAACACACACUUCCGUUCAAACGUUUGGUGUCAGUAAGAUUACUUUUCUGCUCACCAAGUCUGCAUUUAUUUGCCAAAAAAUACAGUAAAAAUUGUAAUAUUGUGAAAUAUUAUUACAAUUUAAAAAACGUUUUCUAUUGUAUUAUAUUUUAAAAUGUAAUUUAUUCUUGUGAUGCAAAACUGAAUUUUCAGCAUCAUUACUCCUGCUCUCAGUGUCACAUUUCUUAUCAGUGUUGUAAUAGUUUUUUGGAAACUGUGAUGCAUUUUUUUCAAGUUUGCUUUAAUGAACUGAAAUUCAUUAAUGUGUUUCCUUGCUGAUUAAAAGUAUUAAUUUCUUUA